UGUUGUGUAAUGUGUAGUGGUGGUUGUGUAAUGUGUAGUGGUGGUUGUGUUGUGUUGCAUAGUUGCUAUGCUCUCUGGCCAGUGACGUGGCUGGGCUGGCAGCAGCUGCUGUUAUUGUUGUUGUUGUGUAAACCGCGGUGUGUCAUCGUGAGACUCAUCCUGGCAACAAUCGCGAGAGAGGCAACCACUAACCGCAACAACUAACCACGACCACCACAUCAGUAACCACAACCACAGGUGUAGAGGUUUGGUCUCUGCUGGAGGCCACGGGCCUGGGCCCCCACGUGCUGCACAUCACCGCGCUGGGCCACAGGGUGCUGGAGGCCGUCGACUCUUCGUGCGCGGACCUAAGGCCUUGGCAGCUGCUGCUGGUGUCGUGCGUGUGCACGCUCGUCCUCGUGCGCGCUUACAGGAUAGUCCACCAGCCUGAGAGUCUCCACUCCAGGGUGAAGAAGGCGUUCUUCCGCAUGGUGCGUCGCCUGCCCUACCUGAGCACGACCAUCCAGGGCCGUGUGGACGACGCCCUGCACGAGAUGUCCAAGUCGCUCGUCUCCCUGCCGCCCGGCAGCUCCUACCUCACUCGGCUGCCCGAGCAAGGCCUGUCAGCGGAGGCCGUCAUCUCCGCCCUCCGCCCAUACAAGGAAAUGGGCAACGCUGAUUGGAAGCAGGGCUUUGUGUCCGGCACUGUUUACCAUGGGGAGGAUAAACUCACAGAGCUCCUAGUCAAGGCGUACGGGGAGUUUGCGUGGUCCAACCCGCUGCACCCGGACGUGUUCCCGGGCGUCCGCAAGAUGGAGGCCGAGAUCGUGGCCAUGAGCCUCGACUUGUUCCACGGAGGGCCCGAGGCCUGCGGCACGGUGACGUCAGGUGGCACCGAGAGCAUUCUCAUGGCAUGCAAGGCGUACAGAGACAUGGCGCUGGCACGCGGGGUCACCCAGCCCGAGAUUGUUGCCCCGGAGAGCUGCCAUGCUGCAUUCAACAAGGCCGCUCACUACUUUGGGAUGACGCUGAGACACGUGCCCCUCGACCCACGCACCAUGCAGGUGGACAUCAGGGCUAUGCGGAGAGCUAUCGGCAAGAACACGGCCAUGCUGGUUGGUUCAGCUCCGCAGUUUCCGCACGGGAUCAUCGACCCGAUUGAAAAGAUCUCUGCACUGGGUGUUGUGGCCGGUGUUCCCGUGCACGUGGACGCGUGUCUCGGGGGGUUCCUCAUCGUCUUCAUGGAUGCGGCCGGCUUCCCCCUCCCUCCCUUCGACUUCCGUCUGCCUGGGGUCACCAGCAUCUCUGCUGACACGCACAAGUAUGGCUAUGCUCCCAAGGGCUCCUCAGUCGUCCUCUACUCGUCCCCGCUCAUCCGACACUUCCAGUAUUUCGUGGCCCCCGAUUGGAUGGGGGGAAUCUACGCGUCGCCCAGCAUCGCGGGGUCGCGACCCGGCGCCAUCAUGGCCGCUACGUGGGCCGCCAUGGUGCAUCAUGGGAGGUCGGGAUACGUGGAGGCGACUCGCAAAAUCGUCACCACGGCGAGGCUGCUGGGCGAGCGGCUGCGCACGGUGCCUGGGCUCUAUGUGUUCGGGGAGCCACUCGUCUCCGUCGUGGCUGUCGGCUCGCAUGACUUUGACAUCUUUCGCCUGUCGGACGCGCUGAUGGUGCGAGGAUGGCACCUCAACACCCUGCAGUUUCCCUCCAGCAUCCACAUCGCGGUGACGCUGCUGCACACGCGCCCCGGCAUCGCCGAGAAGCUGCUGGGUGACAUCACGAGCUGCGUGGCCGAGAUCAUGCUCACCCCUACCGCCAAGACCACGGGCAAGGGAGCCAUCUAUGGGAUGGCCCAAUCGAUCCCGGACCGCUCGCUCAUCACCGAGAUCACGCACGGCUUCCUUGACUGCAUGUUCUCCACCCGCCUCCCCGAGCCUUCUCAGCGCCUCCACAACUCGCCCGGCACUCAGUGACACCCAGCGACACACCACCCAUCGAUGGCACACCCAGCGAUGGCACACCCAGCGAUGGCACACCCAGCGAUGGCACACCCAGCGAUGGCACACCCAGCGAUGGCACACCCAGCGAUGGCACACCCAGCGAUGACACACCCAGCGAAGGCACACCCAUCGAUGGCACACCCAGCGAUGGCACACCCAGCGAAGGCACACCCAGCGAUGACACACCCAGCGAUGGCACACCCAGCGACAGUGACACACCGACACUCAAUGGCACACCCAGUGACAGUGACACACUCAUUGACCGGGACUCAGUGGUACAUUCAUUGACACAGUGACAAUCAGUGACACACUCGGUGAUGCAUAGCAUCAAACGCACAACAUACAGCACGCGACAUGGGGCGCACGCAACAUGAAACUCACAACGCGGGACGCAAGAGGAAACUUGACUCUCACCCCUACUUGACUGUGGGUGAAUGUGGGGGGGGCUGUGGGCGAAUGUGGGGGCCACUGUAACCACUUUGUAUGUGGGAAUUGAACCACUGAGCAGGUGAAUUGGUCUUGGCGUCAGUGUGGGGGCCACUUGGGAGGGCAGGAACCCCCACCCCUUUUCACGGUACGUGUCGCUCUGUGACAUUUGACCUUUAAACGAUUAACCCCCUGCGCUGCUGCCCCCCUGCUCUGCUGCUUGAAUGAAAACCCUCGCAACCCUGACCCGCUAAUCUUUAUUCCUAAACCCCCCCUCUGUAUCCAUGAGCCCUAAUCCGUGACCCCGAACACCUGGACUGGUAAAUCCCUAUCAAUGACCAUUAAACCCCCGUCCCUAUUCAACCCCGAUGUCUGACCCCCUUAGCCCCUAGUACUUAUUUUAACGUUUAUGUCACGAUGGAACCACGAGGCUUGAUUUUGUGUUUUGUAAUUACAGCUCGUUUCUCAAUGCA